AUGUUAGCAAACUCUUCAGGACAAGGUUUUCAAAACAAAAAUAGAGUUGCAAUCUUAGCAGAGCUGGACAAAGAAAAAAGAAAAUUACUUAUGCAGAACCAAUCUUCAACAAAUCAUCCAGGAGCUAGCAUCGCGCUCUCCAGGCCCUCUCUGAACAAGGACUUCCGGGAUCAUGCCGAGCAGCAGCAUAUUGCAGCCCAGCAGAAGGCAGCUUUGCAGCAUGCUCACGCACAUUCAUCUGGAUACUUCAUAACUCAGGACUCUGCAUUUGGGAAUCUUAUUCUCCCCGUUUUACCACGCCUUGACCCAGAAUGAAGAAAAUAUCUGUGAUGAAAGUGACUGUAGUUCCAAAGGCCAAAGCUACUCAUUCACUGCUGUACAAACUGACUUUCAGAAUUCUGGUGAAUGUACAUAUUUUUUGCUUCCUUAAGAAAGGAGAAAGUAAGUGAAAGCGAGGAGAAGAGGAGCAGGAUGACUGACACGUGGAAGCUGU